GGGAAUUGUGCAGCGUAUGAAAUCGGGAAAGGUUUUGAAUUUUGAUUCGAAAUUUUUCUCUGAGUGUGUCUUAAACUUUCCAUAGUGACGUGAAUAGAUGUGAAAAUUAGAAUUUGAAUACGCAAGGUAAAAGAGAAUUUGAUGUAAUUUGAAAACAAUUCCAGCAUGUCGGGAGGAAUAUCUGCUUUGAGUCUUCAAGACGACGAUGUUACCAAAUUUCUUGCCUCAAGCACUCACCUCGGGAGUACCAAUUUGGAUUAUCAGAUGCAACAAUACGUGUUUAGGAGACGUCCAGAUGGUGUUUAUUUGAUAAAUUUGAAGAAGACUUGGGAGAAACUUCUUUUGGCUGCGAGGGCGAUUGUGGCGAUCGAAAAUCCUGCAGAUGUAUGCGCCAUUUCGGCCAGGCCCCAGGGUCAGAGGGCAGUUUUGAAAUUUUCUGCAGCCACCGGGGCUACUUCGAUCGCUGGCCGCUUCACGCCGGGCACUUUCACAAACCAGAUCCAGGCAGCAUUCCGAGAACCAAGGCUCCUCGUGGUAACUGACCCUCGAUCUGACCAUCAGCCGAUUAGGGAAGCGUCUUUUGUUAAUAUACCAGUGAUCGCUUUCUGCAGCACGGACACUCCCUUGCGGUACGUCGAUAUAGCAAUACCGUGCAACAAUAAGGGUAUCUACUGCAUUGGGCUGAUGUGGUGGAUGCUCGCCCGAGAAGUACUGCGCAUGCGAGGUACAAUCAGCCGAGAAUUGAAGUGGGACGUGAUGGUGGAUCUAUACUUUUAUCGGGAUCCAGAAGAAGCUGAGAAAGAAGAUAUUUUACUGCAGAUUGAAAGGCCGGCUGCUGAAGUUGCCGAUUACCAGGUAACCGAUAAGUGGACGAGUGAACCUGCUGCUGCUGCAGCAGCUCCAGAUGUGUCAGAUUGGAGUGCUGAACCAGCUGCCAUGUAUCCUGCUACCACAGCAACAGACGAUUGGUCAGCUCCGGUAAGUGACUGGUCAGAAACUGUUCCUGCACCAAAGGUCAGCACAGCAAAACCUAGUCCAAAACCUAAAGAAGAGUGGGGUGAGGCAACUGAGGAGUGGGGAACAACAGAGGAGUGGGGAGAUUCUGGAUGGGCAUGAGUGAAAGACAAAUGAAUAAA